GGGUGGCACGUGCCCAGCGUGGCUGUGGAGGGCGGGAGAGUGCUGUUGGCUGGGGAGGCGGCACAUGGGUGAGUGCCCACCAGGGAGGUGGGGCCGGGAGGCCUGGGCCUCGGGCACUCUCUGCCCUUUGCAUCCUCUCCUGUGAGCCUGGGGUUAUGCUGUAACGGGAGCCAGAGAGGCUGGGUGCUGGCCCACCCUGUCCUGGGGAGCUCGUCCUGCCUCUGUGUUUCAUUUUUUGGUUUAUGUAACAUUUUUCUUCAUUGUUGAAAGAGAGACUAUAAGAGUCAAGUCACAUGCUUCACCUUCAGUGAGGAAAAGUAGCACUGAAGCUUCCACCCCUUCCCGCAGGGGCCUGUGUGCUGGACCCGGACCCUCAUGUCUUCCUUUCUUUGUCCGAAACAAAAAUGGGCUCUUCCUCUUUUCUGGGUCGUGCCUGAUGGCACCACCUGCAGGCCCUGCAUUUGGACACAGCCCUCCUGUGGACAGAACUGGACUCCAGUUUCUCUCUCCUUUCUGUGAGUGGUGGUCCACUCCACGCCACUGCGGUGCUUGGGGCAGAGCAGCAGGGCCCACGCUGACCCCUCUCUCCGGUGCUUGUGUCUGAGAAGGGGCACCCAUCUCACCUCUGGCCUGAUAGGUUUCGCCCCUGUCUAAUUGUCCCCUUCCCCUACAGGGCGGGCGGGCGGGCAGGUGGGUGAGGGGCGGGUGCCGGUCUUUCCCUUCCCCCCCGCCACUCCAUCAGCGGCGUGUGGUUUCAGGUGCCUUGGGCUGCUCUGGUUAUUGGGAGGCAGAGUGUCCUAGUGUCCUAGUGACCAACCGUCUCCUGUGAUUGGCUCCCCGGGGCCUCAGGACGCCUUGCUUCUGAUUCAUGUGGUCACCGCUGAGCAGUGGGUAUUUUGGGUACUAAGGUGAUGCGGGGGGGGGGGGAGUGUCACAGUCAGACCCAGAGAGACCUAGAAAGCAGCCAGUACUUGGUACCUUCUGUUUGCACAACUGGAAGAUUCAGCUUCUCUGUGGUCACUUGGAGCAGAGCUUGCCACAGAAGUCUUUUUUCUGGUCACCUUGGUUCUGUUGAAAAUGAUUGCUCAAAUGGUACAUUCAGAAGUACUUGGGUCACUGCCCCCUGUUGGUGUGGACCCUCCUUUUGGACAGCCAGGAGGUGACUUUUCUGACCUUGCUAUGCCCAGGAGCAUCCAGGAGUGUCCAGGGGCUGGUGUCGGAUUCCCUGGGGAGUGCUGCAGCCUUCUGCCCACUCAGGACACUCUGGAGGUCAGCAUUGCCAUUUUAUAAGUGGGAAAUGCAGAGAGGUGACAUCAUGGGCCAGGGCCCUGCAGCUGGGAAUUGAGCCCAGGCCGUCUGGUUGAUAAGUGGCAGCCCUCUCUGCUUCGAAGCCCCUCGUGCUUCCGUGAAGGCACUGCCUCUGAGGAGGGUCCAGGUCGAUCCCCACACUCUGCUCCCAGGAGCACUCCUGAGGCCUCUAGUCCCUGAAGGGCCAAGGAGUGCACUUGUGGAGAAUGGGGGCCUAGACCAGGGUGCCAGGGAACCCUCUCAGGGCUGAUAGAGAGAGGGGCAUUCUCUAGGACUUGGGGACACGACCGGCCACUGCCAUGGGAAUGCAGUGCCACAGAGGCUGAGGCCAGUCUCCACCAGAGGGCACUGCUGGCUGUUUGGAGGGAGCGGGUGCUGGGCACAGCCACCCUGCAGGGUUCUGGCUGUGAGCACAGUGGUUGGGGACCACUCUGGAGCCCUGACACGUGAGUGUGACUCCCUCUGUGAGUCCCUCUGCCACUGUGGGGUCGAGCUGGUGAGCGCAGAGGAACACACCAGCUGCCUGGGGCAGAAUGGGAGUGGGGUGCCAGUGCUGCACAGGAGAACACACGAGUGCACACGCGCUUGAGGAGGCGGGUGUCCAGGACUGUCCCUUUACCAGCCGUGUGGUGCAGCCGUGGUAGGAGAGCUCGUGUGCCCCCUGAGUCAGCACCAGCUGACAGUAGAGCCUUCACCUCUGACGGCGAGGAAAGGUAUUGUCUCCAUCAGACCCCUCCGUCCUCUUUACUUUAACCUCCCUGCCCCACUGCUGCAGUCCCGUUUGAGGGCCUCCUGGCACCUGUCAGGACAAGGGCCUCUAAGCCCUGGAGGCAGGCAGUGCCUGCGCCUGGCACCAUGUCCAGCUUGUAAUGGGGGCCAGUGUUUGAGUACCUUUUCUGAAGGGGGCACCGGGAGGAGGUCUGCAUUUGCCCAAGAGUCAGCCCUGGGCUGUGGUCACUUGUUGAGGUCCCUCUAAAGGUAGUGCCCUGCUGAAGAGCUGCCGUCCACUGCUGUCCCCACUCUCACAUUGUGUGGGGACCUGGGGCCUGUCACUGCCGAGAUUGGGGCUCCCUGUGGCUCUCCCCAUCAGGGUGGGACUCUCUGAACCUCACAAGCUUGUUCCACGGUUAUUGCCAGCAGACUUGUGGCUGAGCUUGCAUGCUGGCAUGGAUUUGGGGCCCGCACACUCUGUGCUGCAGCUCAGAGCUCCUGCUUGGUGGGGCUCCUCAGGAGCCUGCUAUGUGAAGAGAGAAGCAGUGCGGGUGCUGUGCAGCAGCUGUCGGUGUGGGCCUCCGGAAGGGCAAGCCCGCGGCCUGCGGUGAUGAAAGGCUCUGCCAUGGUGCCCUUGCCAUUCCUGGGUGCUCCUGUCCCGCCGGCACGCCAUAGAGCAGAGAGACAGGGCUCUGGCUGACCGGCACCAGGGAGCCUGUGCUGGCCCUGCCUCCCGACCCCACCUGGGACAAGCAGCGGGGAGUUUUGAAGAGGCAGAAAGCCCCAGGAGCAGAGAGGACAGAGGAGUCGAGAGCAGACCCAUUUUGGAAGCUGGAAAGCUGAGGCUCAGGUGGAGUGAAUGCAAACGCAGGAAAGCUGAACUCUGACCAGCAGGGGAAGUGUUUUCACAGCGGAGCUGCGGGUGGUUCCAUGCGGAGUCUGGGAGCCCCCUGGAUGGAGGCUGGAGGUGUGUUCAGAAGCAGCUGUACACCCCCUUCACGUCCGAUCUAACUCUGGAGGAUGAGUCUGAGCGUGUGGGAUGGUAGCACUGUCCGCUGACACCCUGGCGCAGUGGAGGGUGUCACCCUGCACGUGAAGCCUUGACAGCUCUCCACGUCCACCGUGCGACAUCCCGUUCCUGCCUCUCCCACGUGGGUCCUCAGGACCCCAGCAGCUGAGAUCGACCCUCCAGGCAGAGAAUGGGAGAAAAAAAUCUUUGGACCUUGAGAAUGGGGAGCAGGGCCUGCCCCGUGUUCCCUGGUGUUCUGAAAUGUCACAGUUGUGUUCCCUGAUGUGGCCUCUUCAUUCAUUGACGUGGAUGUUGGGUGUGGGUGAGUCCCUUCAAUCUGGUAAGUCAUUUCCUGUGUUGCUGGGAAGGUGUUGAACAGAGCCAGACUCCCCCAGUGAACCCCCACCAAUGUGCACCUAGAGCCAUUAGUGAGCUCUGCGGUGCCCCCCAGCCACGUGUGAUGUGAGGGGCAGGGGUCACCAGAUAGACCAAAGCAGAUGAGAAAGCAGGAAGCCAGCCUAAUCCACAGUAAAGCAGAGCGUCUGUGAGUCUCUUCAGGGUCGUAGCGACCAUGAGAAGGAAGAGCAGACUUGUACAGCAAGGAGCGUCGGCCCGCGGCAGAGAGCGCCUGUGCAGGAGGGCCAGGCAGCAAGCAAGCAGUGGCCCAUGGUGCUGGGUGCCCUUCCAGCAGGCAGGCCACGGGCGUGGACGGCAGGAGUGCGAAGGCACAAAAACCGAGCGUCAGACGGGUCUCUGCAGCUUGGUAGGAGUUCCAGGAGGAGCAGGAAACAGAAGGGAGGAAAUUGUCAGAGGAACGCCACAGUUUCCAGAAUCACAGAUUAAAUCAGUUCACAUGGCGUCCAGCACAGCGAAUGAAAAGGCCACGGCAGAAGACACCAGGGAUAGAGCUUCCAGAGGGAACGGCAACACGCAAACCCUGUCGUCUGUUUUGUGCUGCUGAAACAGAAUACCCGACACUGGGUGGUUUACAGGGGACGGAGGUUCGUUUCUUAUAGUUUGGAACUCCAAGAUAGAGGGUCCCACGUCUGGCAAGGGCCAUUGUGCAGUGUCACCCUGUGGGGGAGGGCAGAAGGGAAGAGGUGGAGAUCACAGCCCGAAGCCCUUUCAGGACCGCAUAAUCCAUCCGGAGGGCAGAGCCUCAGCCGGCUCCUGAUCACCUCCCACCAGCUGCGGCACCACGUGCUUGUGGGGGCACGUUCAGACUGCAGCAGCAGCUCGUCUGCAGUGUACGGAGAAUCAGAAUGUCGCCUCCCACCUGGACACUAGAAGGUGUCUUCAGAAUGCUGUCAGAAAAGCGUUUCCAUGGUAGACUUUAGCAUCAGUUCACUCAUCAGUCAUGUGAGGGGUGGAUGAAAAUAUUUUCUGAUGUGUGAGUUCUGAAAAAGGUACUUCCCAAGUGCCCCUUCAGGAAGUUCUGAGAUGAGAGGAAGAGUCUAAGGCUGUGGAGAGAGGGGGCAGCGGGCGGCAGGCUGGGCGGGGGGCGGCAGGACCCUGUGUGUGGCUGUGCCAGCAGCAGGGAGUCAGAUGCGAUUCUCACCCCUGGUCUUCAGGAACUGCUUGGAGCCUGCCAGGGAGGCCCAGGGCCCUGUCCCAGCCGUGUUUUCGCUGGGGGCAGCCUUGCCUCAGGCCCGUCUAGGGUCUUCCACAUUCUGACGGGCUGUGCCUGCCUUCAUCGUGAGCAACUUGAGUGAUAGCACCUUGCCUCAGACUGGCAGAGUGGCGCCAGUGGCCUGCAGUCUCAACACGCACGUGAGUUCAUGGCACCUGCCUGCGCUUUUUAUUCUCCCCUGUUCUACAUGCAGUGUCUACUUGUUAAGGACAUUUUGAGGGGAAAACCGGUUUACUUCUUAAAACAGAGGGAAAUUCAACCUUAGCCCUGUGUUCCAUCCUGAAGAAAGUUCUAAUGACAGAGUGAGUCAUCCCGGCUCCGAUGCUGCCACCUGAUGGGGCGGCCGCCAAGCGCCCCAGGCCGUCUCCUCAGUUGUCGCCCUGUUUGUGCCUCAGCGGCUUCUGCUUGGAUUGGACAAGUUGCGUGUGUGAGCAGCUGUUUUUUUGUGAUACAGGAUCUUGCACACCCACGGUGGGGAGGUACAUCCAGGAGGCCAGCAGCUUCAGACAGCACCAGGAGGCAAGGCUGGCGAUGUGCCAGGCUGUCUCCUGCAGUGUGAAGAGUCAUGAUUCCCAGUGAUAGAAGCGUCCCAGGAACUUCAGCCUCCUGAGUAGCUGGGGCCACAGGGGCACGCCACCGCACCUGGCUGAUCUUUACAUUUUUUGUGGAGAUGGGGUCUCACUGUGUUGCCCAGGCUGGUCUUGACAUAGGCUAAGAGCUCCUCCUGCCUCAGCCUCCCAAAGUGCUGGGAUUACAGGCGUGAACUACCAUGCUCCGGCUGGAGGCAGCUGUAUUGAAGGCAUCAUUCACAUACGGCAGAAUUCUGUGAUUUCAAGCAUACAAUUGAGUGAGUUUUGGCGAACCUAUAGGUCUGUAUGGGCAGUGCCUGUAGCCUGUGCCAUCCUCAGGAAAGCCCCUCAUCUGCCCAGAGGUUUUACCUCUCUAGAACACGGGGCGAUGCCCCCCAGCCCCACUGACUUCCACAUGGCUCUCUCCAUUCUAGAACAUGGGGCGAUGCCCCCCUAGUCCCACUGCCUUCUGCGUGGCUCUCUCUGUUCUAGAAUGUGGGGCGGAUGUCCCCCGCUGUCUUCUGUGUGGCACACUCCAUUCCAGAACGUGAGGUGGAUGCUCCCUGUGGCCCUGCUGUCUUCUGCGUGGCACACUCCAUUCCAGAACGUGAGGCGGAUGCUCCCUGUGGCCCCGCUGUCUUCUCUGUGGCACACUCCAUUCCAGAACGUGAGGCGGAUGCUCCCUGUGGCCCUGCUGUCUUCUGCGUGGCUCUCUCUGUUCUAGAAUGUGGGGCGGAUGUCCCCCGCUGUCUUCUGUGUGGCACACUCCAUUCCAGAAUGUGAGGCGGAUGCUCCCUGUGGCCCUGCUGUCUUCUGCGUGGCUCUCUCUGUUCUAGAAUGUGGGGCGGAUGCACCCUAUGGCCCCGCUCUCUUCCAUGUGGCGUUCCCACCCUUCUGGGGAGUCUGCACGCCUUGUGUGCCGGUCAGUCCUCUUGGUGGUGGAGCUUAGUGCAGAUUCGGUGACUGACAUCUCCACUCCCCGCAGGGAGCAUCUGAGGCCCAGUUUUGAGCCGUCAUUACCAGAUUCCUUUGAUUCCUCACAACGGGCCUCCAGGUUCCAGCUGCCAGCACCGGCCCUGUUUUCAGCUCCCAGGACUGAACAGAAGAUCACCCACUGCCCCGUUUCCCACUCCCGCUUCUGCUCCUGUUGGACUGACAGACCCAGCAGGACACGGAGUGAAUGGCAUGGCUGGUUGAGGAAGUCUAAAGCCAAGCCCAAUGGCAAGAAGCCUGCUGCGGAAGAGAGGAAGGCCUACCUGGAACCCGAGCACACCAAGGCCAGGAUCACCGACUUCCAAUUCAAGGAGCUGGUGGUGCUGCCCCGCGAGAUUGACCUCAACGAGUGGCUGGCCAGCAACAGUGCGCGAGGGCCUGGGGCCACAACAUUUUUCCACCACAUCAACCUGCAGUAUAGCACCAUCUCAGAGUUCUGCACAGGAGAGACGUGUCAGACAAUGGCCGUGUGCAACACACAGUACUACUGGUAUGAUGAGCGGGGGAAGAAGGUCAAGUGCACGGCCCCGCAGUACGUCGAUUUCGUCAUGAGCUCCGUGCAAAAGCUGGUGACGGACGAGGACGUGUUCCCCACAAAAUACGAGAAUUCCCCAGCUCUUUUGAGUCCCUGGUGAGGAAGAUCUGCAGACACCUUUUCCACGUGCUGGCGCACAUCUACUGGGCCCACUUCAAGGAGACGCUGGCCCUGGAGCUGCACGGACACUUGAACACACUGUAUGUCCACUUCAUCCUCUUUGCCCGGGAGUUCAACCUGCUGGACCCCAAAGAGACCGCCAUCAUGGACGACCUCACCGAGGUGCUGUGCAGUGGGGCUGGUGGGGUCCACAGUGGGGGCAGCGGGGACGGGGCCGGCAGCGGGGGCCCAGGAGCACAGAACCACGUGAAGGAGAGAUGAGCCCCACGGCCAGACAGGGGCGCACGUGUGCAAAGAGACGGUGGUGUGUGUCCUCUCCGUGCACCUGCGCGUGCACACAUGCUGGGCACACGUGCGGCGAGUCUGAGAGGGCCCCGGCUGCACUGGUGUGGGCUGCAGACGCAGGUGGCCCGGCCAUGUCCUGUGGCUCCUGUCGGAUGGACGCGGGCCGUUUGUAGAGAAGAGCCUGGGCCCGUUUGCUCGUUCCGCAGACACGUGGGGCUGAUGCUUUGAGUUUCUUCUGUGGGGUUUUCCUUUCUCUGGUCUCCGUGCAGCCCCUGCCCUCCCCGGGGUGCUGGUGGCCUCAAAGGAGGAACUCUUGGGGGGGGGCGCCCCCCAGGAGGGCGUGAUUUGCAGACUGGGGUCUCUGCUCUGCUUUGGGGGUGGGGCUUGCUUUCAAGAGACCCCCUCCCUGCUUGCCCCUUCCUCUCCCGGCCUUGCCAGGGUCUUGGCUGUUAGCAGCUCAGAGGUGGGCGAGGCCUGGAGUGUGGGGUGCCCUGCACCUGCUCCUGUUGCCCCUUCCUGCUGCCUUCUCUGUGCCCAAGGAGUGCCCAUGGUGCAGUCCUCAGGCAGGGCCAGGACGGGGCUGAGGUCCUGCGUGGAGAUGCUACACCAGCAGAAGGCCGAGACCCGCUUACCUUAGUUCAUCUGUUCACUCUUAAUAAAAAGAAUUCUCUCAGGUCA